AUGGCGCUAGCGAUAAUUCCCACGAUCAUCGUCAGUUUUGUAGUCAUUGUAGCACUUUUCGGCACGUACUACAUUUAUCACGCAUACAAGCGCGUGCGCUUCGCAGUGCCAGACGUGGAGCGCACCCGCCACAUCGAAAAUCUCGAGCAUCACAAACAACCAUCAAUCCAACUACACGAUAUCGAGCCUCCAGACCGGACGUAUCAGAGCGGUCAGUGGUAUGGUCCCGAGAACGUAGUCCCUACACAUGUCGCCCCUGUCACGAAAGCACUUCCGCGUAUCUCUGAGAUUGAGUAUACAGGGGGCAAGGGUCUCGUUAGCCCGCCUGGUCGGGUCUUCUCAUCUUCCAAGGAUGCCACAGGAGGUAAAAGAAAAGAAAAUGGGCUAGAUGAGUUUCAAACACAAGAUUUACAUGCAGGAAGGCUAUGGAACUUUGCAACAGAUGGCUACGGAAACUCAAGGGUAGAUCAGCCCGGAUUAGUAUCUCCAAAGCCUGUGCGAACAGUAACGCGGAACUCUCCAAAGGCUGAGCCUACAAAUACCGCAUACGACUCUGCACAAAUAGCAGCGGCGAACAUAUGGGACAAGAUUAACAAGGGCGAGCUACAACCCUCGCGACGCAAGGUAGAGAAGAAGAUGUCGAAGUCACUGAUCGCAACAGCACCGGAAAGACUUCGUGAGCCUGCAGACUUUGAGAACGAUGUCUUACAGGAUAUCGACCUUCGCAGCAGUACCAAAGAAUGGGCAAAGGCCAAGGUUUCGUCUGCGUACGUCGCAAAACGCCCAAGCAAGCGGGAUUCUUUCGACAGUACGAUCACAGCCGUCGAUGCCAGCGAUGUGAAUAUCGAAAGGCCAGCGUCAUAUGUCAAGCGCAAAAAAAGUAUAGGCACAGAUAUCAUCAAGCUGCCUCAACCGCUUGACCGAGCAGCCGAGGCACGCCGCAAGAUUCUUGAAGCUAAGGAGCAGAUGGCAGACAGAAAGAAGCGGGAGGCAGAAGAACGUCAAGCAGAAGAGCGAAGACAGGCAGAAGAGCAAAACCAGCGCAUGGCAGAACAGCAGAAGCUGUCUGAAGAAAAGAAACGACAGGAGAAUGAAGAAAGAGCCCGCUCAUUGGCAGGGGUUACCAAGACAGAAGAUGAAGACCUGUGUAAUACAAAUGGUUCUCGCUCUCGACGACCGUCCGCUAGCCGAAGAUCGAAUUCAUCUACCGAGUCGGAAAGUGCGCGAAAGAGUCGCGAGAGGCCUCUCCCGCGAUCUCCUAAGAGGGCUUACACUUUCGCUAAUGAUAAGACUUCAUGUGCCAACGACUCUGUAGCGGAGAAGAAGCCCAGCAGCAGUCGUAGUGGCAUGUCAAGAAGUAUGAGUAUGAAUGACCGGAAAAGACAAGACAUCAAUGCAACGAUGGCUCCAAUCGCUGAAGGUAACGGUAACGAUGAUACUGAUGAGGGAGACGUGGACAGUAGCGAAAUAAGUAAGGUCGCAAAGCCAUUCUCUGACAGUACGGCAAGACGUUCGGAUGGCUCCAAAACAUCAGCAUCAUCAGGCUGUUCUUACAAGUACCAUAAUGGAAGACGCGCUUCUCGAGAUAUUCCAGAAAAUCCAUUCACCUCUAUUCAAGAUCCCAAAGUUUCUCUCGCGCCAACUCAGAGAUCCUCAGGCUCAUCUAGCAUCGAGAGCCGGUCCCAAGCCCAGCGACGCUCAAACGCUUCCAGCAAUGACAGUCGACUCAGCUCAGACAGUCGUCUAAGCCUCAGCCAUCCCGAGCGCAACAACAACAAAUCUAGCGCUGAGUUUCGUGCUUCCGCGGAUAGCCAGAGUAGUACGUACUCGAUCGCUGAUCGUGGAAAACCAGAACACAAGUCCUCGUUUGCAUCUCGCACACUUGGGAAACUUGGUCGUAAGUCUUCAUCUUCGGAAAAGAAGGAGGGCGAUCCUGCAGAUUUGAUGCAGUUCGACGAGCAUGACGGACCGAGGCUGAGAGGUGGGGCCAUUGUGUUUGCGGCUGAGCCAGAGGAAAUGUCAGAGCCAGACGAUGAAUAUAAAGACUGGAGACAUCGGAAGGGACAGGAUGAGGAUGCGGUGAGAAUGCGUGGCGGUGCGGGGGAGAAGACGGUGGAGUCGGGGAACGAAAGCGAGGCUGGGGCGGAGAAGGAAGGUGAUCACGAUGCUUGCGAGGAUGCGCACUCUGAUGACGGCCACUCGGAAGACGACCACUCAGAGGACGAACAUUCAGAAGAUGAGCCUUCCGAAAGCGAUGACGACAUCGAGGAACAUGAUUCCUCUGAAGAUGAGGGUUUCGAGGAUAAUGCAUCGGAAGACGAGCAUUCCGAGUCUGAAGUCUCCAACGACGAAGUUUCCGAUGCUGGUACAUCGGACUACGUAUCUGGUGAUGAAGGAUCGGAUAAUGGAAAUGAACAGACGUUGUUGCAGACGCCAGCUAAGAUCGUCUCGACGAAGACCGUCGGUAUUGUGAAGGCUUGA